AUGGACUACUUGGAUCCAGAGGAAGAAUUUGAAAUGAUGCACGCUGAUGAAUUAGAAAUGAUGAAUGAAAUGGACUUUACAACCGAUGCUGUUAAAAUAUGCUCACCAAAAGAUUCAAGAAGAAGUUUAAAGUUUUCUUCAAGGUUUUCUUCUAAUGAAAAAAUUGAAUCUGAAAGGAGUUUUAAUUUGUCAAGUGAAUUAAAUGGUGUGUUUCCUUUAUCUCAAACAUCAGUGGUUUCUUUUAAUCUGGAUGAUAAUAAUGAAAAUGAAGCACAACCUAGUACGUCUGUGUCUAUUACCAACAAUAAAAGAUAUUUAAAUGUUGAAGAUCUAUUUGGAAACACAGAUGAUAUUAAUUUUGAAGAUGAAGAAUUGGAACCUGUAUUAAAGCGUCAAAAAGUAGACCCACUAUCUGACAAAGAUAUUAAACAGCAAGAUCUAAUAAAAAAAAUUAUUGAUGAAAGGAAAAAAUUCAAAUCUGGAAAAAGAUCCAAUUUUUUAUCAUCUGUCUCUUACAAUAGUUUAAAUCAUACUCAGCCAUAUGAAAGUGUAUCGAGAAGAGUUCCAUCAUGGUCUUUUUUCCCUGCAUGUGACGGUGAAAAUCAAAGAGUAUACAUUCGUUUUCGAUCUGCAGAUGCUGUACACGAAGAAAUAUCAAGUUUAUCAUGGCAUACAAAAUCAGUACAGUUGCUUUCAGACCCUGUUGAUGAAAUGAUUGCACGUGCUUAUGAGAAGAUUGAGAAUAAUGAAGCUAUACGAUCAGGAGUGAAUCAAAAUGGUGUUAGCAUCUUGGAUAAUAGUAUCGAUAACACAGCAGAAUUGUGGGUUCAGAAGUAUAAGCCAAACAGAUAUUUGGAUUUGUUAAGUGAUGAAAGUACUAAUAGAAUGCUAUUGCAAUGGCUAAAAAUAUGGGAUAAAGUAGUAUUUAAUAAAGAAGUCAACAAAAAAAGAAAAGUUAUUGAUGUUUAUGACAAAUCAGCAGGAAAUAAGUUUACAAAAAAGAAUCAAACCUUGGAUGAAGGGUUGGAUGAAAAUAAUUGUCCUAAGUAUAAAUUAGCAUUGUUAUGUGGACCACCUGGUCUUGGGAAAACUACUUUAGCUCAUUUGGUAGCUCGACAAGCAGGGUACAAUGUUGUUGAAAUGAAUGCUAGCGAUGAUCGUAAUCUAACUUGUUUUAAAAGACAACUUGAAGCAACUACACAAAUGUGUUCUGUGAUGAGUAAUGAUUCAAGGCCUAAUUGUUUAGUUUUGGAUGAAAUUGAUGGAGCACCUGUAGCCUCUAUAGAUUUUCUAAUAAAAUUUGCUACUGAAAAACGUGCGACUCGUAAAAAAAAAACCGAUAAAAAAGAAGAAAAAAGUUCCAUAUUGAAAAGACCAAUAAUUUGUAUAUGUAAUGAUGUUUAUGUACCUGCUUUGAGAAAUCUAAGACAAAAUGCUUUUGUAUUAAAUUUCCCCCCUACAUCUUCUGUUAGAUUGGUUGAAAGAUUAAUGGAAAUAUCAAGUUAUGAAAACAUUAAAACAGAUAUGGGUGCAAUGACUGCACUUGGCACCAAGACAAAUAAUGAUAUAAGAUCAUGUUUGUCAACAUUAUCGUGUUUUAGAAAUCAAUCAGUACACUUAUCACAUGUUAAAAAUGCAAAUAUUGGCGCAAAAGAUAUGCAAAAAGGUCUUUUUACUGUAUGGCAAGAAAUAUUUCAAAUAAAAAAAAGCUGUUUUGAGAACAAUCCAAAUAGUACAAGUGAUGGUUUUUCAAGUCAUAAUAAUGUUAUGAAAGACAGAAUAAACAGUGUCUUAAAAACUGUCCAGAGUUAUGGAGACUAUGAAAAGCUUUGUCAAGGGAUUUUUGAAAAUUAUUUAAUCCUGAAGCCCAAAGAUUCAUCAUUAACAAAUAUUGCUGAUGGCCUAGAAUGGUUUUGUAAUUUUGACAAGACGAUGCAUGUGAUUAAUUCUUCUCAAAAUUACUCACUGUUUCCUUAUUUGCCAUAUAAUUUUGCUACUUGGCACUGUUUAUUUGCUACAUUUACAUGGCCUAAAAUUACUUACCCAAGUGCUGCAUAUGAAGCGACAAUGAAAAAAAACAAAUUUAAACAAAUUAUGGAUGAGUUAAUGUCUGGUAUCAUCCCAAGUAUUCGAACCUUUCUACACCGGGAUCAGGUUUUAUUGGACACUAUGCCGUUACUUAUGCAUAUUGCUAUUCCAAAUCUUAGAUCUAUUAGUACACAAUUGUUUACUCAAAAAGAAAAAGAGGACCUUGCAAAAGUGGUCAAUAUUAUGAUUGAUUAUGGCUUAAAUUAUUUUCAAGAAAGAGAUGCUGAUGGGUCUUUUAAUUUUGUACUCAAUCCAUGUGUAGAUGAUGCAGUAAAAUUUCCUGGAUUGGAAACAUUUCCAACAUCUAGCUAUGCUACUAAACAACUUAUUUCUAGAGAAAUAGAAUUGGAACAUUUGAGGAAGAGAAUGUCCCAUGGCGAACUAAAUAAUAUCAUUGUAGAACCUGAUGGGUUUGAUGAAAAUGAAAAAAAUGUUUCUACUCCAAAAAGUGUAAAAGGUGCCAGAAAUAAGCCAGUAACACCUAAUCAUUUACAAAGACUUACACCCAAAAUUGUUGGUUCUACAAAAGUUACUAAAAAGAAAGAUUUCUUUGGUCGCGAAAUCGAUUCACCCGCUGGGCACAAACACAAAGAAUUUCGAGACGAAAUUGUGAAGAGCGACGUUUGGUUUCAUUUCAAAGAAGGCUAUAGCAAUGCAGUGAGAAAAUUAGUAUUAAUGAAAGAUCUUUACUGA